UCUUUCAAUUCUCCGCAAAAGCGAAAAGAAGGCUCCUGGGCGGAUGUGCUCAACGACUGGUGGUGGUGGGAGCUUGGUAGCGUACUUCUGAGCUGCGCGUGCUUCAUCGCCAUCGUCAUUACGCUAUGUGUAGUGCAGGGAGAUGCACUAUCUUCAUGGCACUCUGUUGUAUCGCCCAACGCUCUGAUCUCGACUCUCGCUACAAUAUCGAAAGCAAGUCUCCUGCUUGCAGUUGCAGCGUGCAUAUCGCAACUCAAAUGGCUGUAUUUCGAAAGCGCGCCUCAUCGAUUACAGGACAUACAGGUCUUUGAUGACGCUAGCCGCGGUCCACUGGGA